AAGGAGGCGCGGUCCGCGUGCUCAAGUCUGCACGCCUUCAGCAAGUUCUUACGACGGUCCAGCGCGCUGCACACCAUGGCGGCGACGAUGCUUCUCUGGCAGGUGGUGCUGCUGGCAGUGGCUGGGGCGCAUGCGCAGUUCGACCUACCGUACCCGCUGCAGCUGGUGCGAGCCGCUCCCAGUGCAGUCAGCCCACAGCUGUACGGCCCCCAGCCUGAAGCGGUGUCGCUCAUCAGAGGCAGCACGCAACCAGGCGACAGCCAACAGCAGGCGCCCGCAGAGGAGGAGAUGACGCAGUUCCACUCGCAGGACGAGGCUGGGCGAUCGCUCUUCGGCUACAUGAUGGCCGACCAGGCGCGCAUCGAGGCAAGGGCUCCGGACGGCUCCGUCAGGGGCUCCUACACCUACCUGGACCCCAGCGGACGCGCCAUAAAGGUGCAGUACUGGGACGAGGGCCAGGGCUUCCACGCCGCCGGGAACCACCUACCUGCUACCUACCCGGGUCUUCCGCAGCCCGUCCGCGACACUCCGGAGGUGGAGGCGGCGCGAAAGCAGCACCUGCAGACCUACCAGCAGGUGCUGCGCAGACAGCUUCAGCUGCUGUACCAGCAGCAGCAGCUGCAGGAACAGCAGCAGCAGCAGCAGCAGCAGGUGUACCAGCCGCCCUCCGGGGGCGGCGGCGACAGCGAGGUGGUGGUGGUGGAGAGCGACCCCGCGGCGCCGCCCACGGACUUCGCCGAUGACGAGCCGGGCCAGCGCUACCCCUCGCUGCCGCUGGUGCCCGCCCUGUACGACCCCUCGCACGUGCACGACGUGGGCCGCGACGCCGUCAUCGUGGACUCCGCCGCUGCCAGGCAGCCUCAGCAAGGAUCUACGAUCGGCGAUCGCCAAAACUCCAGUGACUCGUCGGAGGCCCUAGUGAAUUCUGGAGGAGAUGUUCUUGGUCACGACGCCGAUUCUGCGCAGCGGUUCAUCAUCGUGUAUGCGGACAGCGCAACCGGAGACAAUACUAUUAGUGAAAACGAUGACGAGAAGCCUUCGGCGAAACAUGUGCGUUCAGCGCUGCAAAAUACGAGCACUUCCGACGUCGCCGCCCAGCAGAACCACACUGCGACUGCAACUCGGCGGGCUAGAAGGGGCAGGGUAACUAUAUACGACUACAUCAAAGAACGCGACCCCGAGAAGAUGGCCAGAAAUUUCCCAGAGUCGUACCUGAUACAGGAAAUUUUCAACUCGUCGAGAGCUUUAAGGCGUAAUGAUGACGACACGGAUGAUCUCCAGAGGGCCGCGGAAAGGGAAUUCCAGUUCCUCCACAAAAUUGGUGGGGCCAAGAGCCGUGGCCGAUCUAUGUUAGCAGCAGAUGUGGUGACCUCGGAUUCUGGUAAUAGGCGGAAGACGUUCUACAAAGCUGGAGUUGUCCUCCCAGACUUGAGUUAUCCUGCAAGGCACAGUGGAGUAUCAGAGACGUCUACGCAGGGAGGUGGCGGUGCUUUCCCUGGAGGAGAACCAAUUACCAAUCGAGGCUUUUCGACAAGUUAUAAUGCAAAUAGAGGUACCUACAGACCGCACUUCACGUAUGUUGAGAAUAGAGGAAUCGAUACCUCCAGGAAAGGCCAGUCCAGCCUUAGCCACAGAUAUGACGACCGUCCUUUGAUUACCACCGAGGGAGAGAUUUCUCGUAAUUACUCUGUCUCGUCAGUCAAUUCUGCUUCACAAGAUUCUCCACACCCUGUUUACUACCCACCCACUAACUCAUACUCUAAUCAGACGCAAGCGGCUGUACAUGUUGUGUACAGCGAAGCAGGACGCUCCAAUGGGCACAGAGAGCAGUCUUCGUUACCAGGUGUCAGUCCUCUAAAUCCACAGCAAGAAGGUAACCUGGGAGCAUACGACCUGCGUGAUUUGCAGGAGCCUUAUAGUCAUCAGCAAUUACCUUCAGACACAUACUCUAGGCCCCAGGAGCAUUCUAGAUCACGUUAUGUACCACACCCAGUUUAUUACAAUGGUAAUAGCUACUCUGACGUUAAUGAAACUCAGGUGGUUCUAGAUUCAUCGUUUAAUGGAACAGACAAUGAUGGGAACGGAGGGCAGUAUCAAUUGUUCGACGACAGUUCUGUAGCUUCCUCGCAUUUUGGAACAAUGAUGACUGCUCAGCGACGAAAUAAUGAAAGGGUGCCGACUAGGAACUACUUCCCGGAAGGCAGAAUGCCGGUUGUUGUUGGGGAUGAUGUUGCCUAUAGUACCCCACACAGCAAGUAUGGUGCACUGUUUUACAAAGUUCACUCAGAUGGUGACGGAAGUCGCGGUACUGAUAGUGACCACAGUAUUUUUAGGGUCAGCUCUCAAACUGUCGCCCCACCCCACGUUUCAGGCGGUUUCUACAGCAAGGGGAGCACUGCCCACAGCGACCAGUCGACCCAUUACGGCGGCCACCCAUCGGGCGUCACCAACGUCGGAGGGUACCCACCCGUGGCCAUGCAGUACCUACAGGACAUUGCCAGAAGAGCCGAUACGCCAGUCUACAGGCAGGCCGGGAGCAAGGAGGCGGUCAUCCUCAACAACCUGAUCGGCAGGAACGCUCCUUCGAAGGCCAGAUCUCUCGAUGCUCCUGCUGGGGAAGCAGGUAAAGUUGCAGAUCGAGAGGGCGCAUCUGGUGCCAGUAAAGAAGAGCUGGUGGCGGAGACGGUGGCUGCCGGCUCGUCCAGAGCCGAACACGCCACAGCGGCCGAGACCGAGGCUGGAGAGGCCAACAGAGCUACUCCUGGAAACCAGCGGUCGGUGGUGUCGCUGAAGGACGGGCCAGCGGAGUCGUACAGCGCCAUGUACAUCCACCCGGAGCGCCGGGCCAAGGCGGCGUCUCCCAAGGCCGCCGCGAUGCCGCAGCCGCAGGUGGACGGCGGGUUCUUCUACAGCUUCCACCACCCGGUCAUCCCAGUGGCGGUGCAGGUGGCGCAGCCUGUGGCAGCCGACGCCGCCGAUGCCGACGCCGCCGCCGACGCCAAGGCGCCCCCGCGGGGACUCAGCGUCUCGCAGAGGGCGUCGCUGUACGAUGCGGUGCCCGUCGCUGCGGUCCACGACGCCCAAGUGCCACCGUACCUGCGGGGCGCCGUCACCGACCACCAGACCAAGCCCGUCUUCAUACACUACGACCCGGCUGAAGCGGCCGCUGCUAGCUAGGGUCCUGCUGGACGACCUCUCUUCCUCACACAAUCCGUACAUGUCCAUUAUAACUAUCCGGGCUGUUAUGCCGUGGUCGGUUGAUGAAUCCUGCGAACUCCCAACGUUUCGUCCCCGUCUGCGGGAGACAUCUUCAACGGGGCCUGUAGCUCGAUGGAAGGUCCAACACACCCACUGGCUCGCUACUGACAGUCAACGUUGGGAAUUCAUCAACCGACCACAGCAUAACAGCCCAGACAAUUAUAAUAGACAUGACAUUUCCGGCCGUGGAAGUCUACGUUUCAGUAGCAAUCCGUGCAGUGACUAGAUCACCUCCAAAUGCACUUACCACAAAUUCUGCACAGCAUCCAGAUAAUGAGGUCUCACUUCUCACUCGCCAUUUAGCCAUACACCUGGUGUGUGCCACAAAAAAAUAUUCCUUACCUUAGAAUAAUUUUAAUGACUCCACAUGACUAUGGGACUGAUUAAUACGAAGUGUCAAGACACGAUCAGUGUCAGAAUAAAAUCAGAACUGAAACUUCUCAUAUAUCAAGUGAAAAACAUUUUGUACUGCCGCUUAUGUUGUAGAUAGAGAAGUAAAUUCUGCCAUCCACUUCGUUUUGCAUUGCGUCGAUGUGGAUGUGCAAUAACUAUCACUUGUCUUUUGAAACUGAAGCUUAUUUUUGUUUCCAUCCAAUUCCUUUUGGGUAUCUUCAGUAGUAAACAAAGAAGAUAAAUGAAAUAUUGUUAAAUUGCCUCUUCAGAUUUGUGUGAAAUCUUAUGGGACUUAACUGCUAACGUCAUCAGUCCCUGAGCUUACACACUACUUAAAAUAAAUUAUUCUAAGGACAAACAAACACACCCAUGUCUGAAGGAGGUCUCUAAACUCCGCCGGGAGCAGCCGCACAGUCCAUGACUGCAGUGCCUUAGACCGCUCGGCUAAUACCGCGCGGCACUUGACUAUCACUGUUUUUUGUCGAAGUAUAUACUGUCUCGCAACAACACUUUUUGGUUAACUUAAAAUUCAAAAGAUUUAAAAAUAUUUCGUUCCUAGAUGUGUAAUGUAUCCUAGCAGAAUUUGUACGUUAACUUAAUACUGAUAUUCCUUACAAAUAUCUACUCGUAGAUAUGAAAUGCAUUAUACACACAAUUCUAAGUUAACACAUACAUCAUUCAUAAAUAAUAUUAAACCUUAAGUCGACCUAAAAAUACUACUAUGUAAAACUAAAAACAAAAUGCUUCUAGUUAAGUAAAUAUUUCCUUAUAGACCAAUGAAGAUACCAGAAUGGUUAAGUGAAACAAAUAUAAUACUAAGUUGCAAAAGACAAUUAGAAGUUAUUCUUAUCUACAAGGUAAGCAGGAUAUAUCUAGCAAUUAAGAAUGCCUAUGAAUAUUAACUAUACCAUUACCACAUAAUGGACUUACAUACAAUGUAGUGAAAAGCUGUUUAAGUGGGACAUCUGCGCUAUUUAUAAACUUGGUUGUUACUUCAUAAUUUUCAGUGACAGUAAGCACCUAAUAAAAUAUUAACUGCUGAAUUUCUACCUGCACCAUAUCAGCAACAUUUUGUUGUGUAUUUGUUGGUAUCAUUACUCUCAAUAUGUCGGACUCUGUUACUGUGUGCUGUUAAGAAGUGAAUAUGGAGCAUGUUUUGCCACUAAUGAAGAUCAUUUUCUGUAGCAUAUUUAUACUAUUGUCGAUAGAGGAAUCUAUUAUCCAUCUGUUUCUGUAUCAUUUCUUUAAUCAACUCCUUGUUCCGGAUGUAAAUAUUACUGAGACGCACAUACUAUAACGUCUCGCAGGUUGCCGCCCCUGAUGUCUGCGAGAACUUGUAGACUAAACCUACAAGACGUGCUUUCAUGCAUUUGCAUAAAUUUCAUAGUGCCCAUGAUAGCUCGCUAAGUGGCGGGGAACUACAUAGCGAAGUUAAGUUGCUUAUUUUUUUGUUUCAUAGCUGUCUUGGACUAAUGAUUAUAGAGAAAAACUAAUACUUGUAACUUCAUUUGAUGUUUAUAUCUUUGCACACAAAGACAAUCAUACAGCCACUUUGCGUUUUCUGGCUGCUACAGAGUAUACUACUUACCUCUAUGGAUAUUUCUUAGCUGAUAAAUAUAUCACAGCUAACGAGAACCGGGGGGCGAUGUGGAUGCAGGAAAUAUGUUGACUUAACAUUUUUAGAAGUAUGUAACUUGCUUGACUCCGUCGUAAACGUGGUCUGAUUUGCACGUUCCUCUUCAGGUGCUGUAGCAAUAUUUCCUAGAAAUAUUUCUUAAGUUAGUUACAGAUUUACUACCGUUAAUGCAAUUUAUACUGUUUUCUGAAUUUCUUGUAAGCUCAUUACUAUAAAGCUGUGGCAAACUGAAUGGUAUGGAGCGACAGUCUGUGUCUCUAGAAUUCACAGGCGAUUUACAUAAGACUGCAUUUGAUUGCAUAUAGUGUUACUGUGUAACGAUUGUCAAACUUUUAAGGUGACGAUUGGUUUGUUAUUCUAUAGAGAUAAUGGUCUGUGACAAUAUACUUGAGCUUUAUGUAUUCAUAAGCUCUUGAAAUGCAGUAUAAGAGUUUAAAUAAUGCAGGUGUAUACUCUUCCUUUUUUAGUAAACUUAUUGUUAGCUGUAAGACAUGAUGUGUAAAAGUACAUAAAGUUGCUUUACAAUAACCCACACAUCUGUUUAGGCUUUGAGCUGACUUUAUAGGAUCGUCAGUUUAAAUCUCAGUAAAUGUACAGCAUACAUUUUUUGAUUUUCUCUAUGUGCCAUUGUUAUGAUUUUUAAAAACUGAUAUUGAGUAAUUAAAAACCCGAACAAUAAAGUGAGUUUACAAUUAUA